AUGGCUGGUGCUGGCAAGCGUCGUGCCAAGGCUGAGGCCGCCGCCUCGUCUUGCGGCGAGCCUUCGUCCUCCGGAGGCAAGACCAGCCAGUCGCCUGGCGUUCAGCGCAACAGUCCUGAGCACUCGUCCGAGUCCCGCUCUUCCCCUCAGUCGGUCCCUCGCUACGAUGGCAACGCCGACCCUCAGCGCCCUGGCACCACCCUCGAGAUCUCGUCGCGCAAUGUUAUGGAUUCGCUCGGCAUUGCUGCCUUCUUUGCCUCUCAGGGUAUGGCCGUCUUCAGGCAUGCAGACGUCAAGACUAACGAUGAGGACCAGCUUGCCAUGCCCAACUUCAUCCCGGCCCGUCCUGCCAAGCUCAACAUGCAGGGCAAGGAGGUGCCUGUCAAGUUGAACACGUUCAACGUCAUGCAGAUGCCCACCAAGCCCGUGUACCAGUACGACGUCAACGUCGGCUCCGGCACUGAGAAGCGUGGUCUCAUCAUGAACGUCUGGGAGUCGAAGACCGUGAAGGCCAAGAUUGGCAAGGGCUGGCUCUUCGAUGGCAACAAGAUUGCCUGGUCGCUUCACAAGAUGGCCGAUGCCAACCUUGAUGUUGAUCUUGAUGUUGAGCGCGGUCGCGACGUCCGUCCGGAGCGCAAGGGCAAGAACAAGCACCGGUUCUCCAUGCGCUGCACCAAGACUCUUCGCUUCGACCUUCUCGGCGCCUACCUCGCCGGCAAGACUGACUAUGCCAACGAGAUUACUGAGGCCAUCAUCUUCUUGGACCAUCUCAUGCGCGAGACUCCCUCUACCAAGUUUACGCAGAUCAAGAAGUCCUUCUUCGCCCGUGGUCAGAGCCGCGCUCCACUCGGCGGUGCAGUUGAGGCCUUCAAGGGUGUCUUCUCAUCGAUGAGAGUCGCCACCAAUCCCGCCAACAAGCCUUGUUUGACGGUUACGGUCGACGUCGCCAAUGGUACCUUCUUCCAGGAGGCCAAACUUCAGGAUGCCGUCCUGCAGAUGUUGAACAUCCCCAACCCUCAGGCCUUUCUCGGUGCCUACCAACAGGCUGUGGGAAAGGGCUGGGACAAGUCCAUGAUGAAGACGAACCUCAAGCGCCUGAGCAAGGUCAAGGUCAUCGUCGCCCACCGUAGAGACUCGGAGACCAACCAGCCCGUGUCGUACGUCAUUGACAAGAUCAUGUCGCGUACCGCCCAUGAGCACAAGAUUGAGAUUCGCGACGGCGACAAGCGCGAGUGGAUGACGGUUGCCGACUACUUCCGCCGCAAGUACAACUUGACUGUCAUCAACGGCCUGCCUUUGGUCAAGAUGACCAAGAAGGAGAUCUACAUGCCAAUGGAUGUCUGCAAGAUUACGCAGAACCAGAGGUACCCGUUUAAGCUCAACGAGAAGCAAACCAGUAGCAUGAUCAAGUUUGCUGUCACUCCUCCUCAGGAGCGUUGGCAGAGCAUCGACCAUGGCCUCAACAUGCUGAGCUGGCCCUCGGACCCUGCCCUUGCUCACUUCGGCCUCAAGAUCGACCCGAAGCCUGUCGUUGUCAAGGCACGCCAGCUUCAGCCUCCCCAGGUCACCUUCGGUGGUACGGGCAACCAGGCUCACGUUGCGCCCAACGAAGCCGGCAAGGGCCGCUGGAUGCUGCUUGGCAAGAAGUUCUUGGGCAAGAACACCGUCCCCCUCAAGUCUUGGGGUGUCUGUGUUGUCCAGGGCCGUGGUGCCGUGGACGCUGAGUCCGCCAAGCGCUUCUUCAACCGCUUCGUCGAGGUCUACAAGAAGCACGGCGGUGACGUCCAGAACGCCAAGUACCAACUCGUGCCCGGCAAUAUCCAGCAGGGUGCUGAGAUGGUGACGAACUUCUGGAACGCCACCGGCAAUAUGAACCAGUUCCGGCCUCAGCUCCUCUUCUUCGUCGUCCCCGACCGCAACUCGGAGACUUACAACCGCAUCAAGAAGAUCUGCGAGUGCCGCCUUGGUGUUGUUACGCAGUUCCUUCAGUCUGCCCAUGUCAUGAAGAACCAAGAUCAGUACCACUCGAACGUCUGCAUGAAGGUCAACGCCAAGCUUGGUGGUUUCACUUCCAAGGCUACUGGUGCUCUUGCGAAGAUUGCUCCCAGCAAUGCCAAGAUCCCGACCAUGGCCAUUGGUGCUGACGUCUCGCAUCCUGCCCCCGGUGCUCUCAAGGACGGAUCGACUGGCUCCUUUGCUGCCAUCACCAUGUCGCUGAACCCGACGCUGACCCGCUAUGCGGCUCAGUGCGACACCAACGGCUUCCGUGUCGAGAUGAUCUCCACCCCGAACAUUGACAACUUGCUUGGCCGUAUGGUCACUCACUGGGUCAAUGGCAUUGGCCAGGGCAAGCUUCCUGAGCGUGUCAUCUACUUCCGCGACGGUGUUUCCGAGCCCCAGUACCAGCACGUCCUGGAGCAGGAGGUUCGCGACAUCAAGAACCUCUUCAAGCGUAUCAACAUCAAGAACACCACCAAGUUUGUCGUCAUCGUCGCUUCGAAGCGCCACCACGUCCGCUUCUUCCCGGAGGGCCGCAACGGUGACCGCAACGGCAACCCGAACCCCGGUACUCUCGUUGAGACUGGUGUUACGCACCCCUUCCAGUUUGACUUCUACCUCUGCGCUCACUCGGCCAUCAAGGGUACCGCUCGCCCUGUUCACUACACCGUUCUUAUGAACGAAGCCGGCAUGAGCUCGGAGGAGAUUCAGCAGAUGCUCUUCGAGCACAGCUUCCAGUACAUCCGCUCGACGACUCCAGUCAGCCUCUUCCCUGCGGUGUACUAUGCUCACCUGGCGUCUCAGCGUGCUCGUGGCCAUGCUGCUGAAGGCAACCCUUCGUCCGGCAAGAAGCAGACUACCGAGCCCAAGGAGACGGCUACCUCCACUUCUGAGAAGACUCCUACUGAGGUUGCCCCCAUCACGCCCAUGAACAACAGUCAGGGCAUCGACUUCUCGAUGUGGUACAUCUGA